AUGUCGGGUUCAGUUUUCAACAUUUACUAGACAACAUCAUUGCAGAGCUUGCGGUCAGGUGUUCUGUAGUAAGUGUAGCUCUAAGUCUAGUAAUCUACCAAAGUUUGGAAUAGAGCGGGAGGUUCGAGUUUGUGACUCCUGCUACGACAAGUACGGUCCGAAGGACGAGGAUGCUCCUAUUCAGAAACCGGUUGCUCAGAGUUCAACUGAAUCUGAUCUACCAGCUGAAUAUCUUGCUUCGCCAUUAUCUAAACAAUCACAGGAACCUGUGAAGAGUGGUAAGACUGAAGCUGAGCUUAAAGAAGAGGAGGAACUACAACUAGUUCUAGCACUCAGCAAGUCGGAGGCUGAGGAGAAGGAGAAAAUGAAGAAGAAAGCAACAAGUCAGAUUCUUGCUGGACUAGAAAACAAAACUAAGGUUUCCAGUGUAACCACGAAGUCCCCUGAAGAAUCAGACCCUGAGCUGGCCAAAUAUCUGAACAGGGACUAUUGGGAGUCAAGAAGUGAUGCCAAGGAGGAAGGAGGAGGAGGAGGGGCUAGAGCUAAACAGGGGGGACCACAUGAUACAGGAGUAAAGGAGAGGGAUAUAUAUCAGGGAGCUGGGAACGGAUUAAAGGAGAGAGCUGAGGAGGAAGAAUUAGAGGAAUUCACUUCAAACCUUAGAACUCAACUAGAAAUAUUUGUUAACAGGAUGAAAUCCAACUCUAGCCGAGGUCGGCCUAUUGCUAAUGACUCGAGUGUACAGACCUUGUUCAUGAAUGUAAUGACGAUGCACUCUAAGCUGGUGAAGAAUAUCCAGGAUCAGGAGGAAGCUAGGGUUCAUUACGAGGGUCUCCAGGACAAGCUGAGUCAAGUCAAGGAUGCUCGAGCUGCCCUAGACGCUCUACGAGAGGAGGAAAAGGAACGGCGGAGACGCGAGGCGGAAGAGGCGGAGAGACAGCGACAGCUACAGAUGGCGCACAAACUGGAUCUAAUGAGGAAAAAGAAGGCGGAAUAUCUUGAGUACCAGAGACAGAUUGCACUGCAGCGAAUGGCGGAUCAGGAAAGAGAGAUGCAGAAAAAUCAGGAGAUGAUUAAACAGAACUAUUUAAACCAGCAACAGGGUAUGUACAACAUGUACCUACCCUACGGAUACAUACAACAAGGACAACAGCUUUCUGGUCAGGUUCAACCCGGACAGAUGAUGCCUUCCGGACAAAUGAUGCCUCCUGGACAGAUGAUGCCACCGGGACAGAUGAUGCAACCAGGGCAUAUGAUGCCUCAGGGACAGGUGAUGCCACCAGGUCAUAUGAUGCCGCCAGGACAAAUGAUGCCGCAAGGACAAAUGAUGCCGCAAGGACAAAUGAUGUCACAAGGGCAAAGAAUGCCCCCUGUACAGGGAACAGCUGAAAAUCAGAUGUAUACCGGACCAAGAGAACCCCAGAGUGGGUAUAAUCAACAGUUUUAUUCGUCCAACCCCAACUCUGGAGCAUACCCGGAGAGCGCGUACAACAUGCAGGGUCUUGCUGGAGCUCUUCCCAACCAUCAUCAGCAGCCAGGAUUACAACCUGCUCAGGGUCAAAAUAUGACUGGACAAGAACAUCAGAGCUCCGGUCCACAUGGAGUAGGACCAGGACAACAGUCCUCAGGUCCUAAUAUGAUGGUCCCCGGACCACCCAUGAUUCCUGUUCAAGGUCCACCUAUGCCACAAGGACAUCAGUCCCUUCCGAAUUUAAGUCAGCCGUCUGAACCGUCAAGUUUACAGGGAAACCCGGAGCAGAACUUUGGAAACCAAGAAACCACGCUUAUAUCCUUUGACUGAUGUGCUAUCACUUAUCAGCUUCUGGCCUGAUGUAAAGAGGAGCGAAGGCUACCCUUCAACCUUAUUCAAAAAUAUUUACGCAGCUUAGCGAUCAUUAAUAUGAAAAUGCAUUUUUUUUGUUAUUUGAUGUAGGUUUGAUUGAUUUUGCAAUCCUUCUUCACACUUUUAAAAACUGAAAUUAAAUGAGAGAAUUAAUUAUUUAAGCCUAGAAGAAAAACUCAAUAAGAUAUUUGAUUGUGAAGUAUAAGCCUGAUUUUAUUUUAUCUUAUUAUUAUUAACGUGAAAUGUGAGAUCUACUAAUAAAUUAAAGUUUAUCUGUGAUUUUCUGUUUUAAAGAUUAAAAAUUUCAUUUAUUAAUUAAAUACUGGUUUUAUCCAGUAAACAAUGGAAAUAUUCAAAUAUUCCGAACUGUUAUUCUAGAAGUCGACAAACUAGUAUAUUUAUUAUUUUAUCCAUAUUCUACAUACAUGUGAUUCAUUGUACAGUAGGCAUCAUGUAAAGGGGUAUUUGUAUAUUUGAUUUGGGGAAGAUGAUAUUUCAGUGAAUAAUAAAAUGUUUUGAUGGAGAUCAAUAAAAAUAUUCUGUAUUAAUAUUCCAGA